AUGUUUUACAGUCAUGAGAUUCUGAAUAGCACCCAGUAUGGUGUUGCUACUAUUUGGCUGGUGGCCACUGUUGGCAAGGGAACCCAGAAGAGAGUGACCAAGAAGGCCAUCCAAGAGGUCAACGUCCCCAAGGCGUGUGAAAAGAUAUUGGACCCUGGAGCCCCCCUUGCGCUCCGCCUUCAAGGAAACUUGCUCUACGGAGUGUCGCGUGUUUUCGCUCAGCAGUGCUCCUAUGUCCUCACGGAUGCUGAAAAGACACAGUCUGAUAUGGUGACAUUUUUCCGCAUCAUUCAGACGAGUGAGACUGACCCACGGGCUGGAAAGACAAAGCGCCAGAAUAUCGUAUUGGAGGAUGACCCCAGCUUCGAUCCGCUGGCUGCACUUCCCAACCUUGACCUUCUUCGAUGGGAUAGAGAUCUAGUCUUACUUCCAAGCCAGGGUUCAGCGAGCAAGUUCUCCCAGAUGACACCGCUCGGCACUGCCAGCCAAGGCAGUUCUUCGCCACGCCACCCCUCUGCACUCAUCAACCUACAGCUACCACCCUCUUCACAGUCUGCCGCAACCUGCCGCCUUCCUUCAGAUUUUGGCAAUCUCAGCCCUUUGUUCGGUAGAUCAAUUCACCACGCAGACAGCAUGGGUGAAUUUCAACCCUUUGGUGAUGAUGAAUUCCCGUCCAUUUCGGGAAUUGGCUUCGAUUUCGACGCUGAAGGCAACCUCAUCAGCAUCCUCGACCAAGAGCCAGAGUUACCACCUCUUCCGAUUCAAGUUCAAGCAAGCCCUGUGGUUGGUCUUGGACUACAACGUAUAACCAAAGAGGCACGAAGAAUCAUCAUGGGCGAAGAAGACGACCUGCUCGACUUUGGAGAAGAGCAACUACCAGGUAGAGAGGUGCUUCCAACGGUGGAAUCGGUACAACAAGCGGAAGAGGCUCAGCAGCAAGUAGCCGAAACGGCAACGGCAGAGCCUGUUCGAGCGUCCACUAAGAUGGCCAGAUCCCGUCGAACAAAUCUGCAUACGAUGGUAGACACAAGAAUCACGCUUCAUAGGCAAGAAAUCAAGGAUUGGGAUCCACACUAUGCUACAAACAUGGCCUCUGUUCUCGGACAGCAGCAGAAAUCGACUACUACCAAAGGUCAGGCGAAGAAGAAUGCAAUGGCGCUUCUCUAUGACUAUGGUAUCGCUCAUGUUGGAGCAUACGAGAACGCAGCAGGCUUAGUUCACCCCUUGGCGGCCGAUUUCGUUGGCAUCUCGUUGAAAGCUCGCCUUCAGGGUCAAGAGCCAGAUGAAAUCGAGCAAUCCGAGCCCAAGAAGCGAGGUCGACGCCGAAAGUCGGAUGAGGCAUUUGAGGACGAGCGAAGCUCUGAAGAGCGAAACACAAAGCAGCGAGUGGAUGACGAAGUUGAGCUUGGGCGAUGCGAUAACCGCGACACCAACGACGACGCAUACAUCAUAUUCGAUAAUCAUUCUAUUCCUGAGAUUGGAAUGGAUGCGGCGCCACCCAUGGAAGAUCGUCACUCUUCAUCUAUGAUGCCUUGGAGCAGACCUGGCUCAGCUGUCCCAGGCUCAUCUGUCCGAGGAAGCGCGCAGAAAUCAAAAGUUACUCCGAGCCCAUUGUUCAAUCGUGGAAGCGCACUGGGCGCCAUUGACCGCUAUAGUGACCCUGCCGAGCCGCUCUUUGGAAUGGACGACUUUGGUUCUCACGACUCAUCUUUCCAGCUCGGUGGACCAGUUGGUCCCCUUGACUUUGAUCAUGACAACACGCAGAUUUCAACUCAAGGUCUUGAUGUGACUAGCCAAAAUUUCUUGGGAUAUGUCACGGAACAGGCUGCAAAGACGGGUAUCAUUCCUGAUCGGGAUCCGAAAGGUCGUCGGUGGAUUGAGUUUGAGGAGUUGGCUGAGACCGGCACCCAUUCUAAAGCCGUUGCCGCUCAGGCUUUCCUACACGUGCUGUCACUGGCGACAAAGAAGAUCAUCUCAGUUCACCAAGAUGGCGCGGCAGCCAUGGAGCCUUUUGGAACCAUUCGAAUCGGAAUCAAUGUCGCCAUGAGUAAUGAAAUACACGACGUCGAAAUGGAAUCUGAUGAUGAGCUUGCUUGA